UACGGCAGUUGGCAACUGUUGCCCUUGGAGUCAAACGCCAUCACUACGGAAGCCCGGAGGACCUAGUAACCUGUCAACAAAAAGCUGUAGACGGGAGACGGUGGCCUGAAGAGCCUUGAUGGAAGCUCAGGGUUUCAUCGCGGAGAUGCAGCCACUGAGCUCGAGUCACGUCCAGCAGCCACAGAACUCGCCCCCGCAGGCACAGGCAGUUGUCUCCCAGCCAGCGACCACCAUGCAAGCAGCUACCACAGCAGCCUCGCAAACCCAGGCAGUGGUGGUUGCCACAGCAACUGCUCAACAGGUGGCUCCCGCGACGUCCCCAGCACAGACAAGUCCACAGGCGACAGUGGUCCAGGUGUCAGCAACCAAUGGCACGCCACACUUCAUUGCCGUUGCAGUGGCGGAUGCUGAUGGGCAGACACCUGGCACUGUGACACUUCAGCCAACCUCGGCAGUGCACCCAACCUACGUCCAGUAUGUCGACAGCACUGGAGAUCCCAGCCUUUACACCGCCACUAAUGGACAGAUGACAGGUUAUCCUGUGUACAGCGUCACUGAUGCGGGGGCGAUGUACACCCCUGGCAAUGCUGCCUACUACAGCACCGCCAGCGGUACUGCGGUCACCUAUUCACAGGCUCUGGAAGUGGCGGAAGUUUCCUUUCUAAGCUCGAAAACCGACGACCAACGCAAAGUGGUUGAGAUGAUGUCGGCCUACCCUGGAGACCAGUGUGUGGUGCAAACACUUCAAGAGGCAUCACCCAUGCCUCUGGCCGCAGCUGCUGCCACCACUCCGGCCACUACCGUAGUGACAGCCACUGCAUCGGUGGGCAGUUCCUCGCAGCACUCGCCCUCAUCAGGGGGCACCGCUGGGCAACACCAGAACAUACGCGACAUGGACAUCAUCCACGUGCAGUGGUUGAUCGACAACUACGAGACUGCGGAGGGGGUGUCGUUGCCACGGAGCACACUUUACAACCACUACCUGCGGCACUGCGGGGAACACAAGCUGGAACCCGUCAAUGCCGCUUCCUUUGGAAAGCUCAUCCGUUCCGUUUUCCUCGGCUUGCGCACACGACGCCUUGGCACUCGGGGCAACUCCAAGUACCACUACUAUGGCAUCCGGGUGAAGCCCAACUCGCCACUCAACCAGAUCUCGGAGGAAGUGACCACCACUGCUCUGCGGCAGCAGUCAGCGACACAGGCGAAAAGAUUUCGACUGAGUGGGGCCAAGUCUGGCCUGUCGGACACGCCCGAGUCUGGUGCAGCCGUCCCAAGCCAAGGGCAGGCAGCCGAUGCGCCAGGGUCCACUUCGAGUGCAGCACCACCCGUUGCGGCACAGCAACCUGCUCAGCAGCAUCUGCAGUUUCUGGGCGAUGCCUCCGCGGCCGUUCCGGUGCUCGCCGAGGUGGACUUCGGCAGCAGCCCCCUUCCCGACGGGCUCUCCAAGAAGGACCUCGAGGCAUUCCGGCGGCUCUACCAGGACCACUGUGAUGCCUUCUUGGAGGCUGUGAUGAACCUGCACUUUUCGACUGUUGAGUCCCUGUGGCAAGACCUGUGGGGAAGUGCCAGCAGUGACUGCGGGGAGCAGGAGAAAGGCCUGAGCCAGUCUAAGCUGCGCUUGCUGAGCAAGUGUGAGGCUGUGCAGAAGUUUGUGCAGCAUGCCGACUACCAGUUCUACCAGAACCUGGUGGACGUCCUCAUCCCCGACGUCCUACGGCCCAUUCCCAGCUCCUUGACUCAGGCCAUCCGAAAUUUUGCCAAGAGCCUCGAGGGCUGGCUGACCUCGGCCAUGCAGGGCUGUCCCGAGGACAUGGUCAAGAUCAAGAUUGGGGCUGUGAGUGCUUUUGCACAAACCCUGCGCCGAUACACCUCGCUCAACCACCUGGCGCAGGCAGCACGGGCUGUACUCCAGAACUCAUCCCAGAUCAACCAGAUGCUCUCUGACCUCAACCGGGUGGACUUCCACAACGUCCAGGAGCAGGCAUCGUGGGUGUGCCAGUGUGAGGACAGCUUAGUGCGUCAGCUCGAGCAAGACUUCAAGCUGACCCUCCAGCAGCAGACCUCACUCGAGCAGUGGGCCGCCUGGCUUGACAGCGUCGUUGGCCAGGUGCUCGAGCCGUUCCAAGGACGGCCCGAGUUGCCCCGUGCUGCUCGACAGUUCCUGCUCAAGUGGUCCUUCUACAGCUCGAUGGUAAUCCGUGACCUGACGUUGCGGAGUGCGGCCAGCUUUGGGUCGUUCCACCUGAUCCGCCUCCUGUACGACGAGUACAUGUUCUACCUGGUGGAGCACCGAGUGUCCAAGGCCACGGGAAAGACACCCAUUGCCGUCAUGGGAGAGUUCCUGGGCAUGGGAGCCAAGGGAGCCUCCUACAGUGCACUGAGCUGUGACGUGGUUGUUGAAAAUGGCUCGUCGCCAUCCUCGUCUUCGACCAGCUCGACACGUCCAACCUCGGCCGGGUACAGCAUGGUUCUGGCCAAUGGCUGGCCAGCCACCAUCGUGAGUCAGGCACCAAUGGUGGAAAACGAAAGCUCUCCAGCCAAGAAGCUCAAGAGUGUCUAGUCAGUGGAGAGGUGUCGCCAGCUAGGAACCGCUGUGGCCUCAAUCACGUGGCUUCUGGAGGAAGCACGCCUUGUCAAAUUUCAUGUCCUAAUUUUCUUACUGGUGAAAAAAAAAAAAAAGACUCCUGUUUUUAUCGCCUGAAGGAGGUGAUGAAUUAAGAUAGUUGUGUCGCUGUCAUUCUUGAGAGAGCAAGUUCCACGCCAUCGUUUGCUGCCUGAUUCGCAGGUCGGUUCAGUGUGACUGCAAGCUGAGGCCAGAAACUGGCUGCAUGAACAGUUGGCAAGGAAAGACUCUGAGCUGCCUUUCUGCCCGAGGUUGUCUGAUAUGGGGUGGAACUAUUGUGAACAUCUUUUUGACAGAGCAAGUCACUAGAGAGCCAAACAUUGGCGUUGGCUUCUUCUUUCCUGGGUUUUCAGGUGAGCCCUUCUAAGAUCAAGACAGGUGUGACGUACAGUCUUGUUAUGCCUUCACGCAGUGAUCUUGUUCUGCUUUUUGCUCCAAGACAAAUGGAUGAGUAGUUGUUCUGUGGAAGAAGCACUUUAUUGCAGCGCCGCAAGCUCGUGUGACGAGCAAGAAGGCUGUGCCUCCAUCGUGACAGCUAGCUUCCAUUGCCUUUCAGUCAUGCCCUGGCCUUGCAUGUGCUCCCCUUCCCGUGGGGAGAAGUGUUUUUUCCAUCGCUUGAACUCGUUGUUGGCCUAGUUUAUUGUGCAUACCUGAAGGUGAGAGGUUGCAUGAAGGAAAGACACAAGGAAGGGCCUUCCUUUCACUCUCAAGUUUGUUCCCAUCCGCUACUUUGAGAACGUAGGACAGAGCCCAUUGUGUGGCUCUGAAUAAUUUUGAUACAAGUCUGGAUCAUAUCAAUGGUUUUGUACAGAGCAUGCCGGUGGGCACAACACUUGUAAAUACUGCAUUUCUCUUUGCCCUUGAAAUUGACGGUGUAGUCGCAGCUUUCUCUUCUGCUGUGGUGGCAGAGGUGUGCUUUGUUCUCUUUCAGUCAUUCCUAAUGAGGCCAUAAGGACAGUGGUGUUCAAAGUAAUUAUGGCAGUGUCACCUCGAAUGUCUGUGUAAGAGCAGAGCUGGCCUUCCGCUUAGAGGUGUCAAUUGCAUCCUAGUCAUGCCCUACCUUCGGCCAUUGCACAGAUUGCCUGCAAAGGUACAGAUGAGAGCCUGUGGCCUUGAACUUGCAGCAUAUACAUUGCACCCAGUGUGUUUACUAUGUUGGAAGUCUUUAUUGUGGCCCAUCUUGGAGACAGUGCCACUUAAAGCAUUUUUAAAGUGACUUGUGUGUUUAUUUGCCAACUGACAGUUGCCAUAUUUCUUUUAUCGCACAAUGCAGCUUGAAAAUGGCAGGUGUUUUUGUUGUGUGUGAGCCGAAAGUGUGUUUUGUUUUGAACAUUAAGUCGGCCUCUGUGUUCACCAUGUUUAUCUGAAGGUGGAGCGAAAGGAAGCGCCUCAGAUGUCGUGUGCCUUGAGUGCUGUCCUUUCAUAGGCAUCGUUAAUUGCUUUUGUCAUACGUGUUUGAUUGGCCAUUACAAUGUUCUGACAGACGUAUGUAAAAAUACGUCAGCACCACGCAGUCAUGAAACAGUGGAGCACAAAGGGGAAAAUUCGAAGCAAGGUGGACUUGAGCUGAGACCAUCGCUUCAGUUUGCCUUUCAUUUUGACUGAAGAAUAGAGGUUUUGCAAAAUGGAUGAAUUUCUCUAGCUUCAUUCGCUUCAUCCCUGUGUGCUAACGAAAAGGCUCCCCACUUCUACGCACCUUAUAGCUAACUCCAGUAACAGUGGAACAGCUGCCUGCAGUUCUUGGCUAGGCAGGAAAGCACAGAUGUAAAAAAAGGAAAUGUGCUAUUGAGCUCAAUUGCAUUGUGCGAGCUGUGACUGGAAAGUGUUGAAAAGGUUUUACGCUAUGAGCAGUGCAGCACUGCACUUCUGCUCUGCAACAUGCCAGUGUGGCUUUUGAUUGACCGCUCGCUGCUGUCUCCUUCGGUAACAUUUAAGUUUUUCAGUUGAGAUUCUCGCAGUAAUAUAGUGCUCUUCAUAGGCCCUGAUCUGGCCACCUGUUGCAACUGGUAAUGAGGUACCUUUUGAGUCUUAGCUACAAACCUUCAUCUAUAGUGGAUUUGAGCACAUGUGAUGGCGUCAAAGAAAGUUUAUUUGCAUACUUAGGGAUCAACUUACGUUGCAGUGAUGGGCUAGCCGUCUGCUGGGUUAUGAGAAUGCAAAUCAACAUUAAAUUGCAGUACUUUAAAGGCGUGUGUGACAGAGAAAGAAAGCCUGUAUCUGUGAUAAGACUGGGUGAUUUGUAACCACCACAAACUGCUCCACGUAGUGCUAAAUGUUACGCUAGGAUAGGUGUUUUUGUUUUGCACAAACAAACUGCUGAUUACUUUUUCAGAGGUAUGCUAGUAUUCCUUUUUUACAAAAUGAUAAAAUAUUUCACAGUUUGUUUAGGGGCUGAGGCAUGGUAUAUGCAUUGUUUGCAGCCUUUCUUUCCUGAAAGCUCUCCAAGAUGUGGUACACAUUUGUAUAAAGCACGGAAUUCGUGAUGUUUGUCUCAGUCUUCAUCACGGACCAGGCAUUCUCAGUGUUCACGCCUGAACCACUUCUACUUAUAACUUUUCUUUUUCAUGGCGUAUCAUUUUUAUUACUAACCUGGGUAUGUUGUUCUGAGGAUUAAUUGAUGUGUCAUGUUUCUUUGCCAUUAUUGUGACAUUGAUUCCUCACUAUCAUGGCUUCGUGGUACGGCCGAAUGGGGAUGAUAUCACAGGCAGACACAGUUUGGAAAAAGGGUCUGACCACUGGACCUUGUAAAGGCUUACAUGUAUCUUUUCACCACCUAUCUCGGACAACAUCGGGCACAGGCUGAGCCGGCACCUUCGCAAACAUGGAUGCAGGGAAUGACGAUUGAUGCCCCCAUGAGCCACGCUCAUUCCACAUGUGCAGUCGCUAGUGCGGGAAUGAUUGUUCCAGCAACAUCAUUAGUGCAUUAUGUAGUAAAGUCCUGACUUGCACCCGUGUGUCGUUUGUUUCCACUGUCACAUUGCACCUGCUUUCUAGGAUGUCAAAAGCGAGGCCUGUCUUGGGGUAUAAGUUUAGGUGUCGUCUCGCCAUCCAAUAGUGCACAGCAGCUGAUGUGAGCAGUGCGGUGUAUUGAGAACAUAGUCUGGCAUUUCUUUACUGCUAGUGCUACCAACUAGCUUGCAAAAGCUGGGAAUUCUCAUGGCAGAAGAAUGAGGAAAUCAAGCUCCAGCUGGACUUGCGUGAAUGGCAGAGCUGACCAGAAGAGGUGGUCUCUGUGAUUUAUUUUAUUUGUUACUUACUUCCUGGUGGCCAUGCUGUCGUAGCUGUAGCUGAACUUGCAAAGUUGCAGCCAAUUUUCGCUUCCUUUAUGACUUACUAAUGAGAAUGACUCUAGGUUAAGCUAGCUUCCUUUCGUGCACCCCUGUAAGAUAAAUCAAAGGAACCGACAGACAACAGUGCAACCAGAACUAUUCUGUGUGGCAUGUUUGUUUUUUUUUUUUCAUAGUGCCCACAGGGGUGUGAUGUGCUGUGCUAUGUACGUGGCAUCAUCGAGCGUUUCAUCUAGGGCUAUGUUUCAAUUUGGGAUUGUAGACAGUCUACGCUGACAGCUUAGAAGAGACAGCAUCAAGCUCCUGUCGUGGCACUACCUCGUAUCGACAAGGAAAAAAACUGAAUUGUCAUUUCUUAACCUUCUUUCUUGUUCAAAUUUAUGAAAAACUUCGUGUAGCCUACAUUAAGUGUGUAAAGAAGCGCCUACAUGUGGGCAGACGACCUUAUUGGCGCCGACGGAAGCACCAUAGGCGGCGAACUCAAUCAUUGCUCUCGGGAAAGCAAGCAGACGGCCGCCGUGGUUUCCUACGUCGUUGUACGUGUGUUUCCGCGUUGUUCACGUUUCCGUAGUGAAAUAAGCAACGUUCGUCGUAUGUGUGGUGGCCGCAACUUCAAGGGAUGUCGAAUAACAAUUGCUGUGGAGUGGAGUGCUGAAACACCUACAAAAACGCGCCCGGAACACGGUUUUACUCACUUACCGCAAGGCCUCCUGAGCAAGAGCGAUGGAAGCAAUGGAUCGCCAAUGUUCGUUGGCAAAGACGAGCCGCUUUGUCAUUGUGCGGGUUAACACGUCGCUUCUUGUUCUAAUGCUUUCGUUCUGCCAUAUCGGUGCUCGCUGGAUGCACUCGAUCAUGUUGACACUGGUAGACGACCAAAGUUAUCAGCCUGAGCAUGCGUUGGUUCGGUUCGACCGCCGUGCAGGGCACUUCGCUCAAACGUUCUAUAUUUCAGAAGUGUCGUAGUUCGGGCGAGUUGGUCAUCCAUGAACUUAGCUUGUACUAGCGCGGUACAUGUACCGCGCUAUUACAAGCUAAGUUCUAUAUUUAUUAUUUACAGAAACAGAAAUGCAGCAAUGGUUGACUUCAGAAAGAACAAGGAGUGAUUGAGACGUCACCUUUGUAAACAAAACAAAGCGGAUGUUCACCACGAGCUGCACCUCAUAGCUGGAUCUUGUUACGCUGGUCUGCGCGACGCACCUUUGAUAUUCACCGGCAUGACGAUUCACUCCACGCGGACGUUCGUUCUCCUCCGCAGUCGGUCAUCACGUCUUCUCAGCGACCCUCUUCAAAACUUGUCACUGUCAUCUCUUGAUACUUAACUCACAGCACUAGAUCAUCAAACAACACGUCUUCUGCGGUCGAGCGAACGAUGCUAUCACUAGAACAACAUAACUUCUUCGCCGACUAACUCCUCACUGACUGACUAUGGCCCCGCGCGCUUGCUGCGCUUGCAUUGCCUGUAUUGGCUCGCGCCUGGGUUCGGGAAAGUGCGUAUGAUUCUGUGCGUAGCACUGCGAAAGCUAGAGAAAGGGCGAGAUCCUCUCACCGAUUCGUCUGCGGAAUCAGACGGCGCCGCUGGCUCGGCUUUGCUUUCUCGAAUAUCCCGAUCUUUCGCAUUCGUUGGCUGUGUCGGUGGCGCCUUCUGCGGAGAGGGUAAGAGGCGCGCGGGCGCGCUCCCGGUGCCUUUUUAUACUUGUUUUUUCGAUGCACGCGCUCUGUCGUGCACGAACCGUCGGCGCCAGGCUUUCAUGCCGUGGUUCGAAAUCGGCGACGUGCGCUUAGGUAAGCGCUCGUUCGUGACAAACAUCAUGCACAAGUCCACUUUCGUAGAGGCCCGCACCUUUCCUGCAGCUGCCAGUGCAGAAUUAUUUGUCUGGCACCCGCACGAAGGGGAAAUAGCAGCCGCGAACUUCAUUCAUCUCCUCACAGCAAAGCUGUGCAGAGCGCUGUCGUCUGCUCGGCUUCCCGCACGUACUGUCGGCGGCGCCCGCUAGGUGGCUAUCAGUGGCGCCUCUAUAGGUGGUGCACAAGGCAUAUAGCGCGAACAGGGUACUUGGACAGACAAAAAAACGAGGACGGGCGCUAACUUCCAACUGAUUUUAUUAUCAGUUGGAAGUUAGUGCCCGAAGUUAACGAGGAAGUUAACGAGGAUAAUAAGAUCAGUUGGAAGUUCCAACUGAUCUUAUUAUUCUCGUUUUUUCUGUCUGUCCAAGUACCCCGUUCGCGCUAUACAUUUCGUCAUGACAUACCAACUAGCCCAAGCCCCGCUACCCCUGUAACUUAUUGGCGAGAUCCGAGCUAUCCGAUAAUUCCGCCCAGCUGCCAUCUUGUUUGGACAGCAAGGUAUCCUGCAUCGUAUUCGUCUCCGAUGCUGUCUUCAUGAAGCUGUCUGUGUAGCUGGCUAGGUGAGAAUUACAAUGAGACUUAAGGUAAGCACAGUCCACCUAGCUGGGAGUAUUGGAGCACAGGCAAGGCACUACCUACUGUAAGACAGGUGAAAGCAUUGCCUCAUGACACAUAGUGACGCAGUCAGAUGCAUCAAUAUGUGCCCCUGACGUGGUGUUUGAGCAAUGCUUGGUCUUUGACUGCAAAUAAAUGAACAAAUAAGCGUGCAAUUGGAGACGUGUCUUCAAUGCAAAGGUACUUGCAGAUGUAGCUUUGACUUCUGUCACGUGUGGCUGAGUGGCAAAAUAUGCUCGGCUGUUUGUUACACUUGUAAGGCAUCUCUUUCCCUCGACGUAUAUCGUGAGAGGCAUGUUUUCGUACAGGAACAGCGUGUCCAAUGAAGAAUGCAUACAGACUCUAGUCAGUGCUAGUGCGUGAAUUACAUGUGCCUACUUCAACAAAGAACCAGCUUUUCUUUUUGUGUACAAUACGAUGCGCAGGGUCUCCUCCAUGCUAGAAAAUAUAUCGGGUAACAUGCUCUUGUGCUUGUUACUUUGAGAAUGUGUGACUUGGUGUGUGCUACCACAACUGUUGUGUUGGUGCCUGAUAUUUCAUAGUGCCUACUGUGUGAUGUGUGCACUACUGGCGUGCACUUUUCUUCCUUCUCUCUAGUGACUGUGCACAGUGGACGCACAACUCCUGUUUGCAUUGCCACUCGAGUACUCAUCAUUUUUGGUGUGUACCACCUGCAAGUUGCAUGAAACAUUGCAUCGCAAUUUUUGCAAUGGAGUGCAAGAUAGAUUUCGGGCUAUGGUUCGUUGAUGCUGCAUCCAUCAGCAAGCUUUUCCAAAAGCUUUGAAAAUGUUAUCGCCACCAGAAAACUAUGACAUUAUCAAAGGCGGAAAUUUUUUUCUUCUUAGAAAUGCCAGAAGGGAAGUAUUUUGCAACACCAUCUAGACAAAAAUGUUCUUGUUAGCCACUUUUUUUUUCAGGUUGCCAUUAACACUGGUUAUUUCUAUGCUCUCGGACAUUGCACUGAGGCAAGGAAAUGGCUUCAACUUACUGCAUAUGCUUUACCAGGAACAUCUACUUUUUUUGUACACCAUAACUUCUUUUGAAAAUGUCAUGAUGUAUAAUAAAUUGUGCACUACAACUCUCUCUGUUAACUAUAAGAGAUUUUGUUGCACCUGCGGAUUUCUUUGUUUAUGUAGUGAAAUCCUGCUUUUCAAGGAAAUAGCAACAAUCCUUGGCACAUUUUCUGUUUUGGUCUUAUUGUGCAUUACCGCAGUGACAUUAAUUGCAUUUCCGUUGCUUCCGUAAAGCACUAACCAGAUGGAGCAUACUUUGUCCAUACAGUUACCUAGAGGGAAAACUGGCACUGUGACGCUUUUGUAUGAACGGAAAUAUGGGGAUGAGUCGGAUUCGAAUUGGCAUCGCUCACAGGGAGCCCGCACACCUCAGAGACUUGUCUGGCAUAAGCACGUUCCAUGCAGUGAAGUGGUUUAUUUCGCACUGAAGCAGCAAGUAGUAAGCUAGUUCUUUCUUAGCAUUACACAGAAGCAAGUAUUAUUUCACUUUGAGAACUUCUUCAAUGGCAUCAUCAUCAUGACUGCAGGGCAAAGGCCUCUCCCAUGUUCUGCCAAUCAACCCGGACCUGUGCUCGCUGCUGCCACCGCAAACUUCUUAAUCUCAUCUGCCCACCUAACUUUCCGUCUCCCCCUCGCGCGUUUGCCUUCUCUCGCAAUCUUGUCUGUUACUCUUAAUGAACAGCGGUUAUCUUGCUUAUGGGCUACAUGCACUGCCCAUGCCUAUUUUUUCUUCUUGAUUUCAACUGACAUGUCCUUAAAGGAGUACUGACACGAAUUUUAAAAAUUUUCCGAUUGUUGCUCUAAAUAAAAAUACUGGUGUCGAGAAACCUAAAACGACUAUUGUGGUGCCUGGGAAUGCAUCGUAUAUAUUUUAAUUAGCGCCACCUUAAAAAGACACUUUCGGUUUCGAUAUCGAGGGGGUGGCUUUUCAGUGUCGUUUCAUAGCAGUGUGACGUCACGGAGAUACAGAAACUCGUGACGUACUAGCGGCAAAUCCGUCAUCUGCUCGUGGUGCACAUAAACAACGAUGAGUGAAUGGUCGUCCAGUGACCCUGACAGUGAUUUCUACAAUUUCGGCUGCAUGCAUGACGCAAAACUCGCCAACUCGGGGGAACAGUCUUGACUCGUCGGCAUAAUGUCCAUUGCAGUGGGGCUGGCUUGCAGAUGCUCAGAGACAAAAACUUCAAAGUCAAAUUAAAAUAAUUUAUAUGUGUUCUCCGACACCGGUGUGUGGACAGCGUGGACACAGCAUACCAAGGAAAUGGGAAAUGUCCCUUUUGCGAUGUCUCACAAUCGCGUCAGUGCUCCUUUAACACCCAUCUGUUCCCUGACCCAGUCUGCUCUCUACCUGUCUCUUAAGGUUACACCUAUCAUUUUCCUUUCCAUUGCUCGCUACAUGGUCUUCAGUCUGAGCUGAACCCUCUUUGUAAGCCUCCAGGUUUCUGCUCCGCAGGUAAGUACCGGUAAAAUGCAGCUGUUAUAUACCUUCCUCUUGAGUGAUAGUGGUAAACUACCAUUCAUGAUUCGAGAAUGCUUGCCAAAUGUGCUCCAUCCCAUCCUUAUUCUUCCAGCUACUUCAGUCUCAUGGUUUGGCUCUGGAGGUUACCUACCUGUCCUAAGUAGUAUUCCUUUGCAACUUCCAGUGCCUCGCUACCUAUCACAAAGCGCCGUUCUCUUCCGAGACUGUUGCGCAUUACUUUAGUUUUCUGCAUAUUCUACCAUUCUGCUUUCCUUGUCUGAUUCCGUAAUCAUGAGUUGCAAUUCACCCCCUGAGUUACUCAUCAAAGCAAUGUCAUCAGUGAAUCGCACGUUACUAAGCGCUUAAUACACACACAAACACAUGGUGGUGAGAGCAAGGACGGGCGCUGACUGCCAACAGUUGGCUUAUUGUGCGUUAACAACCAACCGUUGGCAGCCAGCGCCCGUUCUUGCUCCUUGCCUCCAUGUGUUUGUAUUCAUUAAGUGCUGUGUAUUCUAAUGGACCAACGAGCUCUCCUCAACACCCUUUUAAGUCAAGGUGCUCUUGUUUUCCUAACUCUUUCCAAUCUAGGGCCCUGAAAAUCUCCUGUAAGCAUGCGGUGAAUAGCAUCGGGGAGAUCGUGCCUCCCUGCCUUCUUUAGUGGAAUUUUGUUGCUUUCUUUGGGAGCACUAUGGUUUAGAUCAGAGACCGCAACAAACACGGCAAAUGAAUAGCUUAUUCACAACCAACACAUGAUAAAUUUUAAACAAAAGCAUGCACAGUACACCCACACACACCCCCCCCCCCCCCCCAGGAAGGCUAGCUCCUUUGUGGUCAAAUAGGUUGUGCCAGCACAUCUACUACCUGUACACUGCAUUCGGGCUGCCUCAACAAUUUCUCGUCUAAGCCGAUCACCGUCCUGGAAUCUUUAAACAAUGGCUUACAACCUCACUCGUGGCAAUGACCAGCCAAGUUUCCAUCAUUUUCUUCCUUUAGGUUAAUGGCAUGUUUACAUAGGUGAUGGUUUAGGCAACAAGCUGUCUGGCCAAUGCAUGGCCUACCACAAGAAAACGGAUGCCAUGCAGUCAACAUAUGGGUGUUUGACAAGACACUUGCUCUUUUCCCUCUUCACUGGACAUGUGUCGAGGCACAACUUUGAGAGUCUUACAGGAGCCGACAUGGCAACCUUAACGUUAGCUCCACCACCAAUCUUUUUGAGAUUGUGAGCAAUGCCAUGCAUAAUGAAGGCCACCUUUUGAGGAUGCUCACUCACCUGAUUGCCUUCGUUCCACAGACUGACCGUAGCUUUCUGUCUUCUGCUCAUUGAUUCGGCCACAGUCACAAUCUCACUUGGAGGAUACCGUGCUGAUUUAAGGCAGAGCACUUGCACAUCGAAGCUGUUACUUAUGGGGUGCGCACGUCUUCUUGAGAGCAUUGUUAAGACAUGUGCUGACAAUUACCCUCGUCAUCAAUUUUGUAUGAGCAGACCUAAAUAAAAAUAAACGGUUCUCCGCUAUGUGGAUCGUACAUCCGACAUGUAUGAUUCAGCAAGAAUGUAAGUUUCAAGUCCAAAAACUUUAGACUAUAAUGCUCGGGCACCUAAUGCGUGACCUCUAGAGGGCAAAGACACUCCUCGAAAAUCGCCAAUAUUUGCGUCACAUCAUAGAAAAAAUUUUUCUCAUCAUUGUUAACCGCCGUGACAAAAUUAUCAACAUAGUGAAACACUUUUAUCACAUUUCUGUCUUAGCUUGUACACCAGCAAUCUGUCUAGGUGUGCCAACACAGUGCCACUCAGUACGGGUGAUUGAUUAUCUAUGGAUAUGUUGGUGCACAGUAAAAAACCCAACUGUGGUUAAUUUAAUGUGUUCUUCAUUUUUCUGGAACCUUGAGCUCCAUCAUGAGUCAAAGCUAUCUCUGCCGUUGUCAUUUUCAUAGGACAUUUUUGUUCCCUGUUUGGAAGAACGGCACACGCUUACCCAUUGCCAAGGAUUGGCACUGAAGCGUAGUUAUGGAAAUGUUUUAUUAAUAAUGCUAUAAAAUCACGACUUGCGUACAACUAUGCCAGACAGACUCUGCAUUCAAUCCACUGGUUCAGUUUCUUUAUGCAUCUUCUUUUUCCCCUGCAUUUAAUUGCUACAAGUAAGAGUUCUGAUUACAUACAGUUUCAUUUCAUUUUCUAGCCUUGAUUACCUCUCUUUCUUUUCACUCAUGGCUAAAGCCAAUCCCAUUGCCAUUGUUAUUUAUAACUUCUGGUGAAUGUACAGAGAACUAUGCUUUUUGUUGCAGUUAUUGUGUGUGAAGUGUGAAAUAAAGAACGGAAAGACUUGACACUAAACACUGAGUCUCACUGUCUGCUUCUGAACAGCUUGUGCUCCAUCCAAUCUCGGCAGUACACGGCAGUUGCCAAGUCAACUGGAAAGAGUGGCUCUGGCCCACAACGGCAUGCACUGCCCUGCUGGUUGCAGUCUUUCUGUGUUCUGUUUCAUGCUGAGACAGCAGCUCUGUGGAAGCUGUAGUUUGGUCGUAUGGUGUCAUUCUGGACAUUAUGUAAAGAGGUUUGUGUUGAUUUU